CUCCGGGCUCGGAGGUCCGGACUCCGGGCUCGCUGCCUCCCGGGCCGGCUCCGCGCCCCGCACCCCCGGCGCCCCGCGCCCCCGAGGGAGGAGCGCACCAUGCCUCAGCUGGACUCGGGCGGGGGCGGUGCAGGCGGCGGCGACGACCUCGGCGCGCCCGACGAGCUGCUGGCCUUCCAGGACGAGGGCGAGGAGCAGGACGACAAGAGCCGCGACAGCGCCGCGGGCCCCGAGCGCGACCUGGCCGAGCUCAAGUCGUCGCUCGUCAAUGAGUCCGAGGGCGCGGCCGGCGACGCGGGGGUCCCGGGGGCGGGCGCCGGUGCCCGCGGCGAGGCCGAGGUCGGGGCCGAGGCUCUCGGGCGGGAACACACUUCGCAGAGACUUUUCCCCGACAAACUUCCAGAGUCUCUGGAAGACGCUGUGGUUUUUCCAGGCCUGAAGACCCCGGAGUGCGCCAGCGGCAUGUACAAAGACACCGUCUACUCCGCCUUCAAUCUGCUCAUGCACUACCCACCCCCCUCGGGAGCAGGGCAGCACCCCCAGCCGCAGCCCUCGCUGCACAACAAGGCCAGUCAGCCUUCCCACGGCGUUCCCCAACUCUCUCCUCUCUAUGACCAUUUCAGCAGCCCACACCCCACACCUGCUCCAGCCGACAUCAGCCAGAAGCAAGGAGUUCACAGGCCUCUGCAGACCCCUGACCUCUCUGGCUUCUACUCUCUGACCUCAGGCAGCAUGGGACAGCUCCCGCACACUGUAAGCUGGCCCAGCCCUCCUCUCUACCCCCUGUCCCCUUCCUGCGGAUAUAGACAGCACUUCCCCGCCCCCACCGCAGCCCCUGGCGCCCCCUACCCCAGGUUCACCCAUCCACCCCUGAUGCUAGGUUCCGGUGUACCUGGUCACCCCGCAGCCAUCCCCCACCCAGCCAUUGUGCCCCCUUCAGGGAAGCAGGAGCUGCAGCCCUAUGACCGCAGCCUGAAGACGCAGGCAGAAUCCAAGGCAGAGAAGGAAGCCAAGAAGCCAACCAUCAAGAAGCCUCUCAACGCCUUCAUGCUGUACAUGAAGGAGAUGAGAGCAAAGGUCAUUGCAGAAUGCACACUCAAGGAGAGCGCUGCCAUCAACCAGAUCCUGGGCCGUAGGUGGCACGCACUGUCCCGGGAAGAGCAAGCCAAGUAUUAUGAGCUGGCCCGCAAGGAGAGGCAGCUGCACAUGCAGCUCUAUCCAGGCUGGUCGGCGCGGGACAACUACGGGAAGAAGAAGAGGCGGUCACGGGAAAAGCACCAAGAAUCCAACACAGACCCUGGCUCGCCUAAGAAAUGCCGUGCUCGCUUUGGCCUCAACCAGCAGACGGAUUGGUGUGGUCCGUGCAGGAGGAAAAAGAAAUGCAUUCGGUACUUACCCGGAGAAGGCCGCUGCCCCAGCCCCGUUCCUUCCGAUGACAGUGCUCUAGGCUGCCCCGGGUCCCCAGCUCCCCAGGACUCACCCUCGUACCUCCUGCUGCCCCACUUCCCCACAGAACUGCUUGCUAGCCCUGCGGAACCGGCGCCUACAUCACCAGGUCUCUCGGCCACUCUCAGCCUCCCAGCCCCCUGGGCCCCCUCAGGCUCCUCACAGCAACCUGCAGAGUACACAGGUACAGCAACAGGAAUCUCAGAGACAGGCAGCCUAGCAUGCACAGGACACAUGGCUUCCUCCAGGGGCCCACCCUCUGAGAGGAGACGACAGAGCCCCAAAGCACGUGGAAACCGGCCAGGGGCCCUGUUGGCUCCCUCUCAGAGUCCAGGCCCUGGAGAUUUCAGAGGCUGCACAUCUUCUGCCUGAACAUGGGGCCAUCAAUUCAAACUGCUCCAAGUGGUGGGAAUUAGAUCUGCGUUGUGUCAUUUGAUUAAGGGCAUCCCCUCAUGCCUAUGGCAGACUGGAUCUAUUCUUUUUACCAUCUGUCUUGCUAGCCAGAUGCCCCUCCCUGCCUCCCUUGCUUUUCUGCUAUAGGUCAUAGAUGGACUGGACUGAGCCCAACUGCUUUCCCUACUUCCCCCACCCAACCCCACCACUGCCACACCCUCCCCAUACGAGAUACUUCAUGGACCAAGAACAAGCUGGCUUACCAAACAAUAUGUAAGCAUGGUCACAACCACAAAGCUUAAGACAACAGUGUUUCUCUCUUAAGGGCCUGGAGAAGCCCUGUUUACAGAAAACCAGCUGCUAUCUGUAAGCUGGACCAAAGGAAGCUUCUUGCCACGUUCUUUGGAGCUUACAAGAGGAGGAGUGAAUGGAAUAGGUUAAAUUUAGGCCUAUCACCCUAGCCAACAGGAAUAACCUGACACCACCUUAAAGGCAAGUGUGGGUGGUGAGGGUAUGUGGCUCUAGUUCAAAUUACUCAGAAAUGUUUCCUAAGGAACUCAACCACCUAAGAAGCCCUGAUACCAAAUGCCUCAGUCACUAGUGGCUGCAGUCAACAGUUCAAGUAAGUCAUGGCUCAAAAUCCAGUGUGCAUCCCUACCUGCUCUUGAGAGCCUUUUUCACAGAUCCAGUUCCAGCCUAUCCACACCAUUCUAGCCAGCUCUCAGACAGUUGUAAGAGGGCAAGCCAAACCUCAGGACAACCAGUGUCUAUCUUCCAGCGUGAAAGUAGGCCAGCUUCAGUUUCCCUAUGGGGCUGCAGGAAGAAAGACUAUUACAACCAAAGCAAGGAGCCCAGAAAACCUCUAGUGGUGGACAUCGGGUUUGCACCACAGCCUACUUUAACCCAUUUCUGAGCCAAGCUUCAACCCUGAGCCUUAAAAAACAAAUCUUUAAUUUAACUUAGUUGGGUUUUUUGCCUCCUCUUCACUGUACAUAGCCUGAGUCCAAAGAGAAAGGGCUAUACCCCCGUACCCACACACACCCUCAACAAAAGCCUUUAGUUCCUACUUUAGCCACUGGCUUCUCAGAAUCCAAAGAUCGUAUGUUCUGGUGUAGUGUUGCAAGAAGUCUUGAGAGAAAAAAGGACCACUGUAGUAUUCAAAAUAUUUUUGUAUUGUUAAUGCAUAUUACAGAAAAACUUUUCUGAUAUGAGAAUAAAGAUACUUUUU